AAAUCUAAGGGGGGAAGUGAGGCAGGGGUACUUCCUUGUAAACACCAUCCUCUCCGAUCAUAUUAUUGUGCGCAAUGACCAAUUCAAAACAAUACACCGUUUGCUGAAUCUUUAUUUUCGAGAGGAUAGGUUGAAGUCUAUUUUGUGCUUUUUAUUACAACUCAGUUUGCACUAUGCUUCAGCUAAACGACACGGUUGAACCAAUGAGUCCGGGGGCUGCGGUCCUUCAUCCGGCAGAGGCAGAGGAUGGAGUCGAGGUUGCCUUCACACCGCCGGGGGCCAGAGGGAGCCUUGGGUAUAGUUCUUCUGUAGCAUGUUGCUCCCCUUUACAAACGUUGACGCCGUUUCAUGUCCACAACCCAACAAUGCAAGCGAAAGUGAAGGAUUAUUUCGUCUUUAGGCCAGGGACCAUUGAACGAGCAGUGAAUGACAUCAGAACAGUGGGCCUGCCUUCAGAGGAUGGAGAAGUGCUGAGUGUGUGGCUGCUUGCAGAAGUUGACCACUGGAACAACGAGAAGGAGAGACUGGUGCUCAUAACUGACAGGUCCCUGCUGGUUUGCAAGUAUGACUUCAUCAACCUGCUGUGUCAGCAGGUCAUCAGAAUCUCCCUUAAUGCCGUGGACACCAUCUCAGUGGGCGAGUUUGAGUUCCCGCCCAAAUCACUCAACAAGAGGGAGGGCUAUGGGAUUCGGGUUCAGUGGGACAAACGCCCACGCCCCUCCUUCGUGAACCGCUGGAAUCCCUGGUCCACAGACAUGCCCUAUGUCACCUUCACUGAGCACCCCAUGGCCCGUGCCGACGAGAAAGUGGCCUCUCUCUGCCAGAUGGACAUCUUCCGGACCCAGCUGGUUCAGGCAGUGAAGAAGGCCCACAAGGAGUUUGCCAUUCCGGGCAGGGCCAACGGAGUUCUGAUCCUAGAGAGGCCCCUCCUCAUCGAGACCUACCUGGGCAUCAUGUCCUUCAUCAACAAUGAGGCCAAGCUGGGCUACUCCAUGACCAGGGGAAAGAUUGGCUUCUAAAUGUUUCCCACUGAGUGACCCUCUUGUUCCACAGCAGUGGGAGCGCUGUCAAACUGUGUUUUAUGAGUGUGUGUCUGUCUGCUCGUGGAAUGCUGACAAUGUGGCUGUGUCAUACCCAACGCUUGAGUAUAACCGGCGGGCAGCCAUGGUGUGCAGCAAGCCUGAGUUCUCUCCACUCCUGCCACAGUGCUCUCAUGCAAAGUUGUUUUCCAUUUGCCAUAAUUAUUUAACCCGAGUGGAGAGACCUACAGUAUGUGAAUUUGGUGUGUUUGUGCGAUUAGGGAAUGUCGCUAAUUGUGGGUACAGUGCAUACUGUUUACCUUGCCAUUGUGAAAAUACUGUAAUACACACCUGAUGCUGCUAGGUGAACCUGACUUAGAGCCCUUGGAAGUUAAUAUUAUCGUGGGCCUUUUGUGCAGUACGAGGGCAUGGUUAGGUGCUUUAACUUUAGGUAUAAGAGUGGGCUUUAUCAGCGCUCGUUAUUACAGAAACUGAUGCAAUGAGCUUUGCCUGAUCAAGCGGUCUACCCAUUAUUUUCAACCUGAGACGCCUUGCCAGAUUGGCUCUAAAAUCCAUCAUAUUGGGACGUUGUAGUGGUAAGAUUUGAGAAUUAAUGCGGCUGCCGGUGCUACAAUCCGCUUUGUCAAAACUAUGACCACUUUAUUUUACUUUAAUUAUACAUUGUCUGGUGCAAGCCCAACUACAGAUAUCAAUUUAAGAAAAUUGUCACAAGGGGAUUAGGGCUACUCAUCUCCAUUUCUAGAAAACAGGUCCUAAAAGUCCUAAAAUAAAAAAAUCCACGUGGGAAUAAAAAUGGUGGCCAUUUUAGAUUACAUUGAUCUAUUAGUCAACUAUUCAAGUAACUAACUAGUUAGGGCUGUAGCCAUAGUCUUGACAUAAACCUCAAAGAAAAAAGCAACUUAAGUUAAAUUGGAUACAGUGUUUGAAAUUUCAGCCUCAGAUUUGCAUGUUAAAGUCUCCUUUUACCAAGCUCGUUUGCUCGCACGGCUUUGCCUUUUGUUCAGUAGCUCUCAGGAACAGAAUAAUCCAGUUCUGUUAAAGUAUUUGGAAAGGACUAUAGUGAAAUAGUUCCAUGCCAUUGUUUGUUCUCCCCUCGACCUGAGGACCUCCCUGCCCCCACCUUUUAAUGGAUUUUCCCUUCUUACAGGUGUCUCCUCUCCCUGCUCCACAAAUCUUGCUAUUUGUUUUUUUAACCCCCUUGGCCUCUGCUUUACCGAUUUGUCACUUCCAUGUCGAUGUUAGAAUGCUUGAGUGCUUGCUCGGCGAGAACACCCAUGCUGGCACCCAGAGGAACCUUAAAUACCCCCAACUGUCUCAACCUAAACAAGCACAAAUUUAAAUGUGUCAGCGCUGCACAGGAGCCAAUCGAAGGAAGUGAUUUAAUGUAUAAGGGACAAUACCAGGAAGUGACAUUGGCUGAAUAUAAUUGAAACUGAUUAAUCAUAAGUCAAUUGCAAAUGAACAGUCUAAGAUUUCCUAGAGGCCCUAUUACAUUUCAAACAUUCUUCCAUCAGUCACAAUGGUUGAUGGACAUUCAAUUUUGUUUCUAAACAGAUGUCAUUCUUGCAUGGGAUCCAAACGGAAUAUUUCAAAGUAUGCAAGACAAAUCAACGUCAAGACAUCCAGGAACCAGAUUUAAACUGGUUUGAAAUAAACCGCUCUCUCUCAUCCAUUCACCAGAGAAGAAUCUGGUUGUUAGGCCUCUGCUUCACACAAGAUCAUGCUUUAACCGCUCGAAUGAACUAAGAUGUCUGUCCAACUACCUUUUUUUUCUUCCACUCCUGGUCUAAAUGUAACAUGCAUGUCUUGCAUGUUGGUUUGCAUGCCGUCUCUGUUCAACUUCAAAAAUGCUCCAGAAUAGCAAUUGAUGCAGGUUUUGAGUGUUACAAAAAGAAAACUAACUUCUUGGUCAAAUGCUUAAUAUUUGUAGCACGGUCACCAACGUGAGGCAAUUGCCUACAUUACUUUGAUAUUUCAUACUGGGUAAAUCUGAUAUCCAACCCAUUUGCAGAUUAGUUUGACUCAUAACGCUGAUUAUAUGCUCAUACUGACCUUGAAUACUGUACAUUGCUUAUUAAAUAAAUACUCAUCAAAAUCA